GGAGCUUUGGCUUAAAAGGAAACCCGUCAGUCGGCCUGUUGGAGUUAAUGAGGAGGAAGCAAGAUGGCGUCCACCAGCCGCUUGGACGUUCUGCCUAGAGUGACAUGUCCAAACCACCCAGAUUCCAUUUUAGUAGAAGAUUAUAGAGCUGGAGACAUGAUUUGUCCCGAAUGUGGACUUGUAGUAGGUGACAGAGUAAUAGAUGUAGGGUCAGAAUGGCGAACAUUCAGCAAUGACAAAGCAACUAAAGACCCAUCUCGAGUUGGAGAUACCCAGAAUCCUCUCCUUAGUGAUGGAGAUUUGACUACAAUGAUUGGCAAGGGGACAGGUGCGGCUAGUUUUGACGAAUUUGGGAAUUCAAAGUAUCAAAAUCGUCGUACCAUGAGCAGUUUUGACCGUGCAAUGAUGAACGCCUUCAAGGAAAUUGCUAGCAUGGCCGACAGAAUCAACCUGCCCCGCAAUAUAGUUGAUCGAACAAAUAAUUUAUUUAAGCAAGUGUAUGAGCAGAAGAGCCUGAAGGGGAGAAGUAAUGAUGCCAUUGCAUCCGCUUGUCUCUACAUUGCUUGCAGACAAGAGGGAGUUCCUAGGACAUUUAAAGAAAUAUGUGCUGUUUCCAGAAUUUCCAAAAAAGAAAUAGGCCGGUGUUUCAAACUCAUCUUGAAAGCUUUAGAAACAAGUGUGGAUUUGAUCACUACUGGAGAUUUCAUGUCCAGAUUUUGUUCCAACUUGGGUCUCCCUAAGCAAGUCCAGAUGGCCGCAACACACAUUGCGCGUAAAGCUGUGGAAUUAGAUUUAGUUCCUGGAAGGAGCCCCAUCUCAGUUGCAGCUGCUGCUAUUUAUAUGGCUUCACAAGCCUCCGCUGAAAAGAGAACACAGAAAGAAAUUGGAGACAUUGCUGGUGUAGCUGAUGUUACAAUAAGACAGUCAUAUAGGCUGAUUUAUCCACGCGCUCCAGACCUUUUCCCAGCAGAUUUCAGAUUUGACACCCCAGUGGACAAACUGCCCCAGCUGUGAAACUUCAAAGCCCUGCAAAAUAAUUUUUGACUUAGAAAAGCACUAAGCAUAUAAUAAAAGCAGUCCUGUCGAGCCUUCAGUUGCAGGACUUGUGAAAGGAGAUGGAAAAACUGAUCGGAUGAAAUGGAGCACACAUUCCAGAUGUAAACAAAAUAAUUUUGUGGCAUUUUUUUUUAUGUAUAUAUUAGUGAAUGUAAGUAUUUAACAACCAUUGCAGCAAAUUUAAAUUUCUAUCCUGUGUAUUUAGAUUUCUUUCAUAGAGAUCUGGUAAAAUGUAUUUUGGAAAAAUGUUUCAAAUCAGAAUAAACUGU